AAAUAGACCGUAAUAACAUGUUUUUGGAUGGUCUGAGGAAAGAGUUGCAAAGCUCGCAAGAAUUUCUGGCGGGACAGAACCCGAGUCCCGAUAAUAUUCAGGAUUUCAUCAGGCAGAUGAAGCAGAAAGUGGCUUCGUAUGAGGAGAACUUUGAGAAGGCUAAGUCGAAAUUCUCGAAGCUGUCAGUACCAGACGCCAUCUUGCCUACGUCACUCUCCACAUCAGUCAACACGUUGGUGGCGUUACGUGAAGAGGCUGCGUCACUGAAACUACGAGCUGAUGACGUAGCCCUAGCCAGGGAGGCAAGAGAUACCUUCAUACGUUUACGGCGAUAAAUAUAAUUUAAAAAAUAUGUAUGUUAUAAGACAAGCUCGAAUAUGGAAAAACAAUUAUAAAUAUGUUAAAUUAAAUAAAUU